GGCAUCAGUUGCCAUAGUAACAGACACAGACUUUAGUUAAACUUGAUUUCUGGAGGGGCGAGUGAUCUCGUUGGCACUGAAAAUCAAGGACUUCCCUAAAUUUCGAUUUUACAGACGUGGAUCUGAUUUCCUUUUUUCUUUUCAUAAUGAGGUUGUUAAGAUGCCGGGAUGGCCUGAAUGUUUUCAACAAACCAAAAUGCAUUUCCGCCUCUCUUUGGUAAUGUUGAAUGUCGCACUGGCCCGAGCUUCCAAUCCCACCCCUGUCCAGUUGUUAGCAGAGCUUUUAGUUUCCCAAGCCCCCCAGUGCCCUGGCUCGGGACACCCUCCCAGUGCUGCACUCCCCCAGGCCUGACUGCCUGCCUGCCUGCUCUUCUUGGCAGCCAACAGCCAGGGGAGGAUCAGGACGACCAGGCGGCUGAGAUAAGGACCACAUGAAGUUCCCCACAUUACCUCACCCGAUAAGGAAGCAAGCGGAGAGAGAGGGUCAGACUGGGAGGAAUCCUCUGGAUGGACGGUGAUGCGCAGAGAGGCAGCCGGUGAUUGUGGGGUUUUCACCAGUUGUUUAGGGGUGUGGGUGGAACUGGGCUCCCACCGAGGCCUGGUGAACUCUGGAAAGGAGCUUGGAGAUGCUUGAACGGAGUGGUCCUCUGUAGCUACAGAAAGAAAUCUCUGAGUUGAAUGUUUAUGCCUGUCUUGAGAGUUGAGUGAUUUCAGCUGUUCUUGAGCCAGUUUUGUUUUUAUCUACAUGAAACUUUGGAAGAUGCAUUCGAUUAGAUGGAAAGAUGACCUCAGGCUGUGUGUUCUGUAGCGUACUUACCAAAGUACUUAGUGGAUGAUACUUUCACAACAGUCUCCAACACCGGAAAGCAAACUUCCAUCCAGCCAAUGAAAAUAGACUGAACAAAAAGUGAAUUUAGUUCUCAAGUCUUCAGGAGAGUCUGCUACACCAAUCACACGGGCGCAUCCAUGGCGGUGAAUCCUCUGGAAGGUCUCAUGUCGGUCGCAGGGAGUCACCGGCUGGUCUCCAGCUCCACAGCUGAGCCGCAGAGGCAGCAGCCCUGUGCAGCCGGCAGCCCAGCAUCCCUGCACGGACACAGGCAGAGCAUACGCAGCAGCCGCGAGCCAAGAAAGUGGGUGCAGUCUGUGUGUGGGUCCAGGUCACACUCUGGUUCUGGUUGUGGGUCUGCGGUCCAGUCCAGGACACUGAGGGGUCAGCACUCCCCAGAAAACGCAGCACGGGAGAGGAGCCGUGUACGCAACCUGCGACAGGCCUUCCACAGCCUGCAGGCUGCUCUGCCCUCAGUCCCCCCAGACACCAAGCUGUCCAAACUGGAUGUUCUGGUUCUGGCUACUAACUACAUAGCUUAUCUAACAGAGACCCUGGACCAGGGAGGGACGCUGGCUGAACACACCCUGCCCUCCAGGCCGGGUGGAUACCUGCAUCCUGUUAAGAAGUGGCCCAUGCGUUCCCUGCUCUACUGUGGCAGCGUGGGAGAGCUGCUCUCCGGAGUCCCAGCCAAUCAGAUGCCUCCACGGGACGGGACACACCCACUGGCCCCCACCUUGGAAGCAGACAAAGAGUGAUAGAAGAACAUGGGACAUAACUUUCACCCCGUUUCAUAUCUCGUAUAACGUUAACCAGCCACGUAGCUACUAUUGACAGCAAAGGACACAUCGAAGCAAAGUGAAUAAGAUUGAUCUGGAGACAGUGAUCAGUAACAAAAAGAAGCUACUGUCAAAGCAAAUAAUUAAUUACAUAGUUGCUAAAGUUUAACUUUAGCAAAGCAGAAGCUAAACUCAAAGCUUUUUAAUAAUUUGUAUGGAGAUAAAAAAAAAACAUUCUUGCAAUUUUUGGUUUAUCUAAUAAUGAAGGACAGGGCUUAAAUUAACCUGCAGCUACAAGGACAGUGGCCAUUUUUAGCUCUGUCCGUUGGGGAAAGUCAAUAAAUGUUGAAAGCCAA